UGAGGGCGAGGAGGAGGAGGAGGAGGAGUGUGUGUGCGAGCGUGUGUGGCUGGGGGAAGCCAUUGCCUGUUUAAUAGUUGCUGUUGCUGCACUUCCGCUUCUCUCCCAGCGAGAGAGAGACACGAGUGGCCAGGCCCAGCCGCAGCCGCAGCAGCAGCCGCCGCGGCGGCACGGAGGAGCCAGACACAAAGAGAGGGGCUGUUUGCGGGGUGGGGUGGGGGGUUCGCUAUGUCGGAUGACGAUUCGAGGGCCAGCACGAGCUCCUCCUCAUCUUCGUCCUCCAACCAGCAAACCGAGAAAGAAGCAAACACCCCCAAGAAGAAGGAGAGUAAAGUCAGCAUGAGCAAAAACUCCAAACUCCUCUCUACCAGCGCCAAGAGGAUUCAGAAGGAACUGGCAGACAUCACUUUAGACCCUCCACCUAACUGCAGAGAAAGAUCACAAGCAGGCAGAGAGAGAAGCAGGCUCCCUGCCGAGCAAGGAGCCCAACGUGGGACUCAAUCCCAGGAUCCUGGGAUCAUGACCCGAGCCGAAGGCAGCAGCAUAACUGAUGCUGGUCCCAAAGGUGAUAACAUCUAUGAAUGGAGAUCAACCAUUCUGGGACCUCCAGGAUCCGUGUAUGAGGGUGGUGUAUUCUUCCUUGAUAUCACUUUUACACCAGAAUACCCCUUCAAGCCUCCAAAGGUUACAUUUCGGACAAGAAUCUAUCACUGUAAUAUUAACAGUCAAGGAGUUAUUUGCUUGGACAUAUUAAAAGAUAAUUGGAGUCCAGCACUAACCAUUUCUAAAGUUCUCCUUUCUAUCUGCUCCCUUCUUACAGACUGUAACCCUGCUGACCCUUUGGUGGGAAGUAUUGCCACUCAGUAUAUGACCAACAGAGCAGAACAUGACAGAAUGGCCAGACAGUGGACCAAGAGAUACGCUACAUAAAUUGGGUUUUCACAUUCUUACAUUAUUUGUCUGUCACAGAGAGAGCUGCUUAUGAUUUUGAAGGGGUGGGGGAGGGUGGGAGUUGGUAAAGAGUAGGGUAUUUCUAUAACAGAUAUUAUUCAGUCUUAUUUCCUAAGAUUUUGUUGUAACUUAAGGUAUCUUGCUACAGUAGACAGAAUUGGUAAUAGCAACUUUUAAAACCGUCAUUAGUUCUGCAAUAUUAGCUGAAAUGUAGUACAGAGAAUAGACAUUGGGUUCAGUUGCUUGUAGUCUGUAAAUUUAAAAUAGCUUAAUUUUGUACAGGUUACACACAUGGCCAUUUAUGUAAGAUCCCUCAAGACUACACUUUUUUGUUGUUGUUCAAAAAAAUUGGAACUUGUUUUCCUUUCUUGGGAGGGAACAUGGAUAUUUAACAGUUUUUAGAGACUGUCAUCUCAUAUAUAUAAAAUGGAUACGUGGCUAUAAGACACCAUAUAGGAAAUGAGUAGUUAUGUAUUUUAUUUUAUAUGCCAAUCUACUUUAUUGUGACAAGAUAAGAGGUUUGAAUCACGACUUGUGAAAACCUGUAGUAAAAUACCUUAAGCUGUUAACUGUAAGGUGUGAAAUAGGAGUUGCUCAGUGGAUUGGUUAUAUGUUGUGGACUACUUAAGUCUGCAUUUGUUACUGUGCUAAUAAACAAUAUUAAAACAACCACCUAA